UGAGUCGGCUUUCAAAUGUCUUCACGGUCAACUCUUUCGUCUUCGCGGAGUUACGGGUCUUCAUCAGCUUCUGAAACUCGAUCAUACGAAAGGACAUCGCGAAUUCGUGAACAUUCGGCGGACGAUCGAAACGAAGGGCGACCGAGAAGGCGACGAGCUCAGCCAAAGUUUACAGAGGAACUUGAAGAUAUCGAAGUGUGUGUUGGCCAACCUGCCAGUCUGCGCUGUCGAGUGGAAGGUGACCCUUUCCCGGACAUAGAAUGGUUUGUAGAUGAUGACAAAAUCAAGAAAGGGGGAAGAUUCGAUUUUCUCAGUAACGGAGACCUUGUUACUCUGAAAAUUUCCGAAACAAGUGCCGAAGACGAAGGAGAAUACAAAUGUACAGCCAAGAAUGAAAACGGAAUGGCUACCACAAGUGCCGAGCUCAUAGUAAAUGCUCCAGCGAAAAUCGACAAAGCUCCCAAGUCUCAAACGGUCAGCGUUGGGGAUGUGGUCUCUUUUAAAUGUGAAAUUUCUGGAAAUCCCGUCCCGACUGGAACUUGGUACAAAGGCAAAAAAGAGCUAAAGGAUGAAGGAAGAGUGCUUAUAGAAAUUGAAGAGGACUUCUCCGAGCUAGAGAUUGAAAAUGUUGAAACUUCCGACGAAGGAGAAUACAUCUGCCUGGUGAAAAACGACUUUGGGGAGGACAAGUGCUCAGUGACUCUUACUGUGAAAGUGGGAGGAGAUGUAAAUGAAAACAACAUCGCUGAAGGUGGUGAUGAAGGUGUAGCGAAAGACGAUGGCGGUGAUGGAGACAGUGACGUAGAAAGCAAAGACCUUGACCUUCCGCUUCGAGAUCCAAUCUCCCUGCGGACGGAUAAGAAAUUUGAUGAUGCAUACGUUUCUCAGAAAGAACUGGGAAAGGGUAAAUUUGGAGUUGUCAAAAAAGUUAAAGAAAAAAGCACCGGGACGGAAUACGCCGCCAAGUUCCUAAAAAUCACCAAGGAGUCAAGGGAAGAAGUUCUGGCAGAAAUGCUUAUCAUGAAUAAACUGCACAGUAAACGGCUGAUCUACCUCCAUGAUGCAUACGAGAGACCAAAGGAGAUGAUUAUAGUCUUGGAACUAAUCUCUGGAGGCGAGCUGUUUGAGAAAGUCUGUAAUGAUGAUAACUUAACUGAGAAAGAGGUUGUGCGGUACAUGAAGCAAAUACUGCAAGGCGUGGAACAUAUGCACAGGAAACGUAUUGUCCACUUGGAUCUUAAGCCUGAGAAUGUGCUUUGUGUGAUUCGUCCUGAUGGUAAGGAGGAUCUUAAGCUGAUUGACUUUGGAAUGGCGCGUGUACUUGAGCCGGGCAAAACCGUGAAAGUGGCCUGUGGUACGCCCGAAUUUGUAGCGCCCGAAGUGAUCAGUUACGAAGCCAUCAGCCUAGCCAGUGACAUGUGGAGUGUGGGCGUCAUAGCAUACGUUUUGCUGAGUGGUCUGUCACCCUUCAUGGGAGACGAUGACAACGAGACCAUACAGAACGUGUCCACCGCUGAGUGGGAUUUUGAAGACGAAGCUUUUGACGUCGUGUCAGACAUGUCCAAAAAGUUCAUUGAGGAACUGCUCAUCAGAAGUCCCGAGAAGAGAAAUGAUGUUUUCAAUUGUAUGAACCAUGAUUGGUUGAAGAAAGUCAAAACAAUUAGGGCUCAGAAGCUCAGCACGGAAAACUUGAAGAAAUUUAUUGCGCGCCGUCGUUGGGCGAGAACAGCGAAUGCCUUGCGAGCUCUGAGCCGAAUGGGAUCCCUUGGUGGGCUGAUGGCUGGAGGAGGCAAACCCGGUGGCGCAGCUGCCGCCUCUAAACCUGGUGGCUUCCUCAAGAAGGUAAAAGAAGAGAAGGCCAAGGAGGAAGUUCAGGAGAAAGCAGCCAAAGCGGAGACGAAGAAGGAGCCAUUCAAGGAGGAGGUAUCUAAGGAGGAUCCGAAGAAAUUUUCAGCAGGUGAUAGCCUCAUACCAGAAAGACGGGGCCUGAGUUAUUCGGGUCGCCGAAGUCCCGCCUUGAGUGGCAGGAGAAGCCCGAUGUCUCGGGCAGAAGCCCAUGGUAUGCCACUAGGCCCCCCUGUCUUCAUUCAACACCUGACGAAUUGCGAGAUCAUAGAGAACAGCGCCGCCAGAUUUGAAUGUAAGGUCAGCGGUAACCCUGAACCGGAAGUGGAAUGGUAUAAAGACGGGAAGCUACUGAAGGAAAGUAAACAACUCACAUUCCUGUACGAUGACAACGACAACUGCAAACUUAUCAUCACUAAGGGCACAGCAGCUGACGCAGGCGAAUACAUGGUUGUGGCCAAAAAUCCUCACGGUAAAGUAUCGAGUAGUGCACGAUUGCUUAUCGACACGGGUUCAACGGACGAUGAAACCGCGAGCGAGUCCGAACUCUCCGAACUGUCUGGCUCUGAAGCUGAGGAGAGAACGAUGACCCCAAAAGAGGAAAAGAUCACGAAGUACUACACUGUUCAAGAUGAGCUCGGCAAGGGACGGUUCGGUGUUGUGUGCAAGUGUAUUGACAAUAAAACGGGACGCGCUUAUGCCGCCAAGUUCAUCAAAUGUACUGCGCCCAAGGACAGACAAGACGUCAUACACGAAGCAGAGAUCAUGAGUUCUGUUCGGCACAGGCGGCUCCUUCGGCUUCAAGAUUUCUUCCAGACACCCACAGAGAUGAUACUCGUCAUGGAUCUUGUCACGGGUGGAGAGCUGUUUGAGAAGGUGGUAGAAGAUGAGUUCAUCUCGGAGAUAGAAGUGUCGCAUUACAUGAAACAGAUAAUGGAAGGUGUUCAGCACUUGCAUCAGCGAGAAGUUCUCCAUUUAGAUCUCAAACCCGAAAACAUCAUGCUUAUUAGACCGGACAGUAAACAAAUCAAGCUUAUCGACUUCGGCCUGGCGAGGAAGUACAACCCGAAGGAAAACCUUAAGGUUAUGUUUGGAACACCAGAAUUUGUUGCCCCAGAAGUCAUUACAUACGAGCGUAUUACACCUGCUACGGACUUGUGGUCCGUUGGAGUCAUAGCAUAUAUUCUGCUGAGUGGUUUAUCGCCGUUUAUGGGGGAUACUGAUGCCGAGACCCUGACGAACGUCCAACUGGCGGAGUGGGACUUUGACGAUCCUGUCUUUGAUGAUAUCUCAGAUGAAGCUAAAGACUUUAUCAGCGGUCUACUUGUGCUUAAAGCAAACAAGAGGAGUACUGUCGAUCAAUUACUCAAACAUCGCUGGUUCACUAUCGAGAAGGGCAAAGGGAAAAAACUGAAGACCGACCGUCUCAAAGCGUUUACGGCGCGAAGGAAAUGGAGGCGAGCCAUCACUGCGAUCCGAAGCACGAACUUUUUGAGCCGGAUUCUCGGAAGCCGAGGGUCCGAUGAUAAGAAGAGUAGUGGGGGUGGAGGUGGUGGAUUGUUAGCCCGAGUCAAAGCAAUGCAUGCUGCCGGUAUUCAAGGUUCGGAAGGAGGUGUUCCCCCGGCGUCCUCUCCUUUCCUAUCACCUGCCUCAGCAGCGUUCAGCACCAGUAACAGCUUCACUUCGGUAACUGUAACAGAAAGAACGCAAACACAAGGAGAGACAACUGUUUUAGAGAAGGAGACAGUGACUGUUACCAAAGACGGACAAACAACUGUUAAAGAAAAAGAAACUACAACAAGAAUCGGCGAAUUCAAGCAGCAAGAUAGCACAACAGAAGAAGUCGAUAAUGGUAAAACAGGCGGUCUUGGAGGAGCAGCCAACACUCCACAAGCCAUCGCUAAGCGUUAUUCCACUGGAGGAGUUGCUCUUAAACUGGAAAAUGUCGACAAAUUUUGGGGAAUCAAGCACGAAAUAGCGAAGGGUCGUUUCUCAGCUAUAAAGCGCUGCUUAGACGCCAAAACAAAGAAACCUUUUGUAGCGAAAAUUAUUAAAUAUGAAGACGACACAGACCGUGAAGAUACUCUUCAGGAAUUUGACAUCCAUCGAAGCAUCAAAGGAGACAAAGUGGUUAUGUUGCGGGAUGCAUUCCUCAUGAGGAGAUAUCUUGUCCUUGUUAUGGACAUGUUGGAGGGACAAGAUAUCCUAAGCUUUGUAGGAUCAAAACCCAGGCCGAAUGAGGAAGACAUUUGUUUUGUAAUUCGACCUUUGCUUGAUGUAGUGAAUUAUCUUCAUGGCCAGCAGAUUGUUCACUUGGACAUAAGGCCUGCAAACAUUUUCAUCGCCAAAAGUAACUUGGGUGUGAAACUGAUCGAUUUUGGAAGUGCUCGCCGCAUCAAGAACUGGAAGGAAGGAGACAUGUUGGCCAUUGUUAGUUAUGUUGCAUUUACAGCUCCAGAACUGCUGGACUUCGCCCCAGUCAGUGGACCAGCAGACAUGUGGAGCAUCGGUGUUCUCAUCUACGCUCUCAUGAGCGGAAUGCUGCCUUUCUCCGUGGAAACGAGGGAUGACGACGACGAAGACGAAAAACUUGGUGAAGUGAUCAAAAGGGGCAAAUGGUCUUUUGACUCCAAAGCAUUUCAACGCAGCACCUCAGAAGUAAAAGAUCUGAUCACCUCUCUCCUUUCGAAGGAUGCCAAAAAACGUCCCACCGCAGAAGAGGCUGCGAAACAUCCUUGGCUCAUGGGCGAUAAUUUGCAGAAACGUCGUUCAAGUGACGUGGCGAGCUCCAAGCUCAAAGAUCUUAGUCAGAAACUUCUGUUAAAGGACAAGGAAGAUGUUGUGUCAGCAUCCUGUGUCCUAAAGACCUUCAGUGAGGAUCCUUACGACUCUCCGGACUCAGACGAGGAGUAGAUAUGUGUACCCGACCUGUGUACCAACAGAAAGUGAUCCAUAGCGGCGCGCUCCUGCGCCAAGAUUAAUUAGCUUUUUGUGAAUAACAAUAAAGACUUUUAAACUUAGAUAGUGAUUUCAAACAUUGCGAUUAAGUAAAUUUAUAUUGAUUCUUUUUGACAAGCAUAUUCAAUAAUUUUCUCUAGAAGCAUUGGUCCACGAAAUAGUAUUUAUUUUUGUAGGGGAUGUUUUUGUAGCAAUGUUAUAAUCAUAAUAUCCAUUUUUUACUAUUAUCCUUAAGCAAGUCAUGGCUUUAUGAUGCAUUUCAGUAGCAAAUGCUUUUGCACGUUCCUGUUCGUUUCUAGUUGUUUAGUAAGUGAAAGCGGGAAUGUUACAAUUUAGAGAAAAGAGUUAGUCAUACUAAGAAAGACUACUUCUACUUUUUAAGGCGAACUCGUUAAUCAGACAUAGUUGUGAUUUCAUAAUGAAUUCGCCAUUGCGGUAUUUCUGUUUAGUCAAACAUUUGCAAGUGAAAUAAAACACGUUUCAAAUAUA